AGCAAGAGAAAGAAUAAAAAGAGAUCGAGGGCAUCAGACUUGGCGACCCCAGAAUGCAAAACUCGGGGGCGGAGGCGGGUGGUUCCCUUCAGCGGCGCCAGCGGCUGGGAAGCAACUGGGACCGGAGGAAAGCCGCGCAGGGGCUGCGCGCACCUGGACGAAGCAGGUUUGCUGUCUUGGGAUCCCAUGACUGCCCUUACCUGCCUCUGGGGCCCCUUCGCCCAUGUCAGCAGAGCGUUCGGCCUGCGCUGCUUCAGCACCUCUGGGAGCCUCAGUGCAAUCCAGAAGAUGACUCGGGUGCGUGUGGUGGACAACAGUGCCCUGGGGAACACCCCAUACCAUCGGCCCCCUCGGUGCAUCCACGUCUAUAACAAAAGCGGGGUGGGCAAGGUGGGCGACCGGAUCCUGCUGGCCAUCAGGGGGCAGAAGAAGAAAGCCCUCAUUGUGGGACAUCGCAUGCCUGGCUCCCGGAUGACCCCAAAGUUUGACUCCAACAAUGUGGUCCUCAUUGAGGACAAUGGGAACCCUGUGGGAACUCGAAUUAAGACACCUAUCCCAACCAGCCUUCGCAAGAGGGAAGGGGAGUAUUCCAAGGUGUUGGCCAUCGCUCAGAACUUUGUGUGACCGAGCAGCCAUUCCUUUCACACUGGUGACGGUGUCCUAGAACAUAAUAAAUGGUUUUU